GUCAAAGGGGAGGGGCGGGUUUGUUUAUAUGACGUGACCGCUUGAGCACUAAAAGCGCUCCAGUCUGUAGUGCACAAGUCUGUAACACUGUGAGCACCACUAAAGGUGUGUGUAUAAACAAGCCUGUCUACUGCUGUGUAAGGUUACGCACACCAACAACCUCUAAAUAUCUCGACUACAUUCAGCCAUGGUGGACAAACUGGCCUCUGUGGGACGCAUGCUGUUGCGGCGCCGCGCUAUAGACUUUUCCAGCGAGGAGACCCGUUUCGCCCGUUGCCUCUCCACCCUGGAUCUGGUGGCUCUGGGCGUGGGCGCUACACUCGGUGCUGGUGUCUAUGUUUUGGCUGGAGAGGUAGCAAGAGAGAAGGCAGGUCCUGCUAUUGUCCUCUGUUUCCUUGUAGCAGCGCUGUCGUCCAUGCUGGCAGGACUUUGCUAUGCAGAGUUUGGGGCUCGAGUACCAAAGACGGGCUCGGCUUACCUGUACAGCUACGUGACCGUGGGAGAAAUCUGGGCCUUUAUUACUGGCUGGAACCUCAUCCUGUCUUAUGUCAUUGGUACGGCCAGUGUUGCUCGAGCCUGGAGCUCCACCUUUGAUAACCUGAUAGAACAGCGUAUCUCGAGCUUCUUCCGGUCAGUCAUGGCCAUGAAGGUUCCAGGCAAUGUGCUUGCUGAAUAUCCGGACCUGUUUGCCCUCAUUCUCAUUCUGCUGCUGACCGGUUUGCUUGCCUUUGGUGUGAGUGAGUCUGCUCUCAUCAACAAAAUCUUCACUGGAAUCAACCUGGUGGUGUUGAGCUUUGUUAUGAUCUCAGGCUUCAUAAAAGGCAAUACAGCAAACUGGAAUCUCACCCUGGAUGACUUUAUCAAUGAUACCAACAUCACAGUAAAAGAAGAGGUGGGGAGAUCUUUUGGAUCUGGUGGCUUUGCACCAUUUGGCUUCAGAGGCAUCUUGGCUGGUGCGGCCACCUGUUUCUACGCCUUCGUGGGUUUUGACUGCAUCGCAACAACAAGUGAGGAAGCCAAGAACCCGAUGCGCUCCAUUCCUAUAGGGAUCGUUGUGUCAUUGCUCAUCUGCUUCUUUGCAUACUUCGGUGUGUCAGCCGCACUCACACUAAUGAUGCCGUAUUACAAGCUUAAUACCCAGAGUCCUUUGCCUGAGGCCUUCAGCCAUGUAGGCUGGGCACCAGCACGAUACAUAGUGGCCGUGGGUUCACUCUGCGCCCUUUCAACGAGUCUGCUGGGCUCCAUGUUUCCCAUGCCACGUGUAAUCUACGCCAUGGCCGAGGACGGGCUGCUUUUCCGCUCUCUGUCCAGCAUGAACAAGCGCACCAAAACCCCGCUUCUGGCCACGGUUGUGUCUGGCAUUGUAGCAGCACUCAUGGCUUUCCUGUUCGACUUGGCUGCGUUGGUUGACCUUAUGUCUAUUGGCACAUUGCUGGCUUACUCUCUGGUGGCUGUGUGUGUUCUCAUUCUCAGAUACCAGCCAGGAAUGCUUGGCUCCUCUAGUCAGAGUGAAAAACUGGUGGAGCUAGUGGGAGGUGAGAAGGUGGCGGUCUCUGGAGACAGUGGUGAUGAAUACGGUCUUGACUCGGAUGAUCAUCUCCCCAGAGAGAAGUUCUCCUUCAAGCUGCUCUUUGUUCCUUCAAGGGACAGCCCGACCAAAAUAUCUGGAGCAAUCGUCUAUGCUGUAACUGCGAUUAUCUCCACGCUGAUCACCGUGCUGUGUUCGGUGUUGGCCGUGUGGCUGGACGAACUGAUGGCAGGCGAUCUUGUGUUAGUGGCCGUGUGCACCAUUCUCACGUUACUCUGCUUCUUCUGUGUCAUCAUCAUCUGGAGGCAGCCUGAAAGCAAAGAAGCACUCACCUUCAAGGUGCCUCUUCUGCCUUGGCUCCCUCUGUUUAGUGUUUUUGUCAAUAUCUACCUCAUGAUGCAACUGGAUCUGGCCACAUGGUGCCGCUUUGCAGUUUGGAUGGUUGUUGGGUUCAUGAUCUACUUCUUUUAUGGGAUCCGGAACAGCACCGAGGCGCAGAACAGCACCCAGAGAAAAAAGAAUAAGAAGACCCCCAUUUAUUUAGGAGGCGAUGACAGUGAGGUGGAAGCCAUGUCUCCUUGAUAACAACAGAAGCAGCUCGUAUCUAACCAUAAAGUUCUAUAUUUAUGAAGUGAAGACUAUAAAUUCAGUGUUACACAAUUGGAAAUCUUGAUUAUAGAUUGUGUCGAGCAUUUUAUUUAGAAAAACAAAUACCUGAAAAUAAUUAGACUGUGUUCAGUACAUGAAAUCAGUAUAAUGUAGAAAGUUUUACUUGACAUUGAUGGCCUAAGAGGCUGGUAAUAGUACAGUACAGAUAAAUUCUAGCUGAUGGAUGCUAGUGUGCUCAGACAUGCUGUAGAAGUUGGUGUCUGUUAGACAUUAGGCCAAGUGUAUACAGGGUAUUUUUAAACAUGUGGCGAUUGUUAGUUGUUUGUAUUAUCUUAUCGUGAUUACACCGUCUGUUAAAACUGAGCGCAUUUGGGAGAGAGCUACUACAAAGAACCAUUGUGAGGUCCGGCCAUAUUGUGUGUAUCUUGGUAUGAUGUUAGUUACUAGAGUGACCUCUAGUGGCUAAUGUACAAAAUGCAACAUCAAUUAUUUCCUAGUGAUCGGCUUGUUUACGCUUUAACAUAAUUGUGACGUUACGCUCUAACAUGGUGACGUUAUGCUUUAACAUUAAUGUAACCUUACGCUUUAACAUUAAAGUGACAUUAAUCUUUAACAUUAAAGUGACGUUGUGCUUUAACAUUCGUAUGACGUUACAGUGACCUCUAGUGGCUAAUGUACAAAAGGCAACAGCAAGUGAACAGAACAGUAAAUCGCUACAUAUUGACUUUGCUUGUUUACGCUUUGACAUGCGUCUCUAAGACCAGUCAGUGUUUAUGCAGUUUAUUCAGUAUUAAGGACAAAACCUUAAGAUUUGAAUAGAUAUUGGAGAGCAAUUUUUUUGUUGUUUAGUAAGUUUUGUAAAAAAAAAAAAAAAAAAAAAUUGAUCUCAAUUCUAAUGCCCUUUUAUAACCCAAAAAAUGAAGUAUCUAGGAGACUAGACAGACUCUGAAAUGGAGUUUGAUGAAAUCUGGAAGUGAUUGGAAGAAAAAACUGAUCCCAAACUGCACUGGAAAUAAUUGUCAAUGGCACUUUUGAUAACAGCUGUAUUAAAACAGGAAUGUGAAGGUCUUAUGGACUGGAUGUGCUUAAAACAAAAUGAAUACAUUUCUACAUUUAGAAAUGACAUCCAGAAACAGUAUAUUUUCCUAAAGCUGCUUUGUUCAAUGUCCAUUAUACAAAAAUCCUAAAUGAAUUGGUUAUGACUGGAAUUUGUAUCUCACGGUAUGGAUACUUUUGAGUAAAAAAAAAAAAACAGUAAUAUUCUAUAAUAUGAAUAGAAUUAUUAUAUAAUAAAAACAGUAAUAUAUAAUAAAAAUAUUUUUAGUUUCCAUUGAAACUUUUUUCCUUUUUUUUUUGCUGUGGAUGAAUACAUUUUUUUUCUACUAUUUUUUUGUCACAUUAUUUCUAAUGUAGUUGUAGUGCACUGUUGUAUAUAUUAUGCUAUGAUAUUCUAACUAAUUUUACCUUUCUUGCUUUGUCUAUAUUUGAUGAACUAAUUAUUCCUGCUUUCAUGUAAGUUUAGAAAUAUAUUUUUGUACAGUAUUACCAUAUUAGUGUAUGUUCAAUAUAUGAAAUGUAUCUAUUUACAUGAUCUCUCCAUGUAAAUAUUCAUUGUUGUGAGAUAAAUUAGUGUCAUCUUUAAGGCAUUUCACAUUGGACAUUGUUUUUCUCCAAUGCAGAACUGUGCCUGAAGUUAAAACUCCUCCUUGAAGAUCCUUGUGGCUGGUUAGACGCCUAUGUUUACCAAGCCCUUUGCCUUUCAGCUUCACUUUGAGUGUAUAUUUUAUCUUUGUAUUAAUCUGUCACUGGAUUUUGUACACUGUAAAUAAAUGUCAUGUAAAAUGUUUUUGGUUUUGUUUUUUUAAUAAAAUUGUAAUUCUUAAGUGA